AAAAAAAAAUAAAAGAAAUAUUAAAAAUAAAAAAAUGGCUCUGUCUUUAAAACUCGAUUCAUUUACAUCCUUAGGAAAUUUCCGUAAAAACGUAUUAUCCGACGACUAUACUCAUUCAGUUUUCGAAACUUAUAAAUUGAAAGGAUAAUCCCAAAACGGUACAAAAGUAGAAUACAAAUUAAAAUUAAAGACAAGCAAAAUAGACGACUUAGUAAAAGCUAAAUUAGAAGAUGAAGGAAAACUUCAAUUUAAAUUAAACAAUUACAUAUUAGAAAUAGCUUCUAGAAGAAAUAAUGACAUAAAACUACACAUAGAUUUAGGCGAAAGAUAAAUAAAUGGAAAAAAAAUUAACUUUUUUGGAAAUAUGAAAACUUAAACAUCUUUAGAUAAUUUCCGUUUUCGUUUCGGUUCUAAUUAUUUUGGAGAAAAUAAAGAAAAUAAUUCCAGAAUCGAAUAUAUUUCAGAUAAUCAAUCUUUCAGUUUUACUUAAAGAAAUCUUUUUAGAACUAAAAAUAAUGUCUUAGCUUGGGUUUUGAACUUUAAUUCUAAAGCCUAGUCUUAUUUGAAUUCAUUUGACUCUAUUUUAGGUUAUGAAAGUAAAAAAGUAGACCUUUAUCUAUAACAUAAUACCAAAUGCUUAUGUCUAGGAAAACUUACAUUGACCGGAACUUAUAAUUUAAAUGAUAAAACAGCAUUCUCAGCUGAACUUGUGAAACAUUAAAAAGACUAAAACGUUACUGUAGGCUUUAAACACACAGUUAAUAAGAAUUUGACUGUUAGAGCUAAGUUUGAUUCAUUGCUUAGAGUAUAUUUUGCAGGAAAAUACAAUUGGAAUCAAGUUUCAGCCUGUUCUUCGGUCUAGUUAGGCUUCGGAUAAAAUGAUAAAACUUUCAAUAUGGAUAAAUUCCCUCCUUUACCUUUAGGAUUUAAAUUUGAUGUUAAAAUUUGA